CGCUUUCCGCACUGUUAGAAAGAAUAGCACGAAACGAUCAACCACGUCUGCAGCUCUUCACACAGCAAACAGAGAGCAGAGCCGACAAGAUGAGACACGAAGCGCUGUAGAGCGGCUCAUCAUCAUGCUCACGGACAGCUCUGCCUUUCUCUGACAGCUUUUUCCUCCAAGCUGUUUUUGCCCAGACCUGUAGCCUGAGUAGGUUUUCAUAUGUGGUGAUUAUUAUUUAAGUUUCAUUUACACUUUUGGGCCAGUUUCACGAUUUACCACACCUAAUUUAACUGCCUUGGGCAUUUUUCGGGCUUUUGUUGGAGAGAAAAGGACACGUUUCAGGAUUUCCCCCCCGCUUUGGAACCAUUUGACUCUGGAAAAGCAGAGGCAGAAACAUCAGGCAGAAGAAGGCGGAGGGAAAAGUUGUUUUUUGUGUGUUUCUUGUGUGUGUUUUUGGAGGCUUGCAGGAAUGUUAAGGCCGGUGCUGCUGUUGCUGCUGACCACCAUCCUCCUGACUGAGAGGGGAAACGGCGAGAAAGAAGUCAGACCAGAGGUAUGGCUACAGCAGUAUGGUUAUCUUCCUCCUGGUGAUGUUCGAGCACAGGCCAUCCGCUCCCCAAAGUCCAUCUCCUCUGCCAUCUCAGCCAUGCAAAAGUUCUAUGGCCUCACCGUUACAGGAACUAUGGACCCAGUCACAAUCGAGGCAAUGCAGCGGCCACGCUGUGGAGUUCCAGACAAGUUUGGUUCAGAGCUGAAGAGCAACCUGAGGAGGAAACGCUACGUCAUACAGGGACUAAAAUGGGAAAAGAGAGAAAUCACUUUCAGUAUCCAGAACUACACUCCUAAAGUGGGGGAGUAUGCCACUCAUGAGGCCAUCCGGAAGGCCUUUAAAGUAUGGGAGUCGGUCACGCCCCUGAAGUUCCGGGAAAUUCCAUACAAUCAGAUCAGAGACAGGCCUGAGAAGUUUGCUGACAUCAUGCUCUUCUUUGCUGAGGGUUUCCAUGGCGAUAGUACGCCAUUUGAUGGGGAGGGUGGCUUCCUUGCCCACGCGUACUUCCCUGGUCAGGGGAUUGGAGGGGACACGCACUUCGAUGCAGCAGAGCCGUGGACGACUGGCAGCGUCGACCAAGGAGGUAAUGAUGUGUUUCUGGUUGCUGUGCAUGAGCUGGGUCAUGCUCUGGGUCUGGAGCACUCGGGUGACCCCUCUGCCAUCAUGGCUCCAUUCUACCAGUGGAUGGAGACCGAGAACUUUGUGCUGCCUGAUGACGACAGGCGUGGAAUUCAGCAGAUUUAUGGUGCAGGAUCAGAAGAGCCCCACAAGCCACCUGCACCACACCCCACACGCAGACCAGACAGGCCCACUUUUGGACCUGAUAUCUGUGAAGGCCACUUUGACACCAUUGCCAUCCUGCGUGGAGAGAUGUUUGUCUUUAAGGAGAAGUGGUUCUGGCGAAUGCGUAAUGGAAAGCCUCAGCAGGGUUACCCCAUGCCCAUCGGACACUUCUGGAAGGGUCUGCCUCCCUCCAUCAAUGCUGCCUAUGAGCGUGCUGAUGGCAAAUUUGUGUUCUUUAAAGGUGAUAAGUACUGGGUGUUCAGCGAGGCCAUAAUGGAUCAAGGAUAUCCUAAAACUUUUAAGGAGCUGGGCACAGGCCUUCCUAAAGACAGGCUGGACGCUGCCCUCUACUAUACUCCCACAGGAAAUACUUACUUUUUCAGAGGCAACAAAUAUUACCGCUUCAAUGAGAACACGCGCUCUGUGGACUCAGAUUACCCCAAACCCAUCAGUAUGUGGCAAGGAGUGCCUGAGAACGUGAAAGGAGCCAUUAUGAGUGAUGAUGGAGCCUACACCUACUUCUACAAAGCCAACAAAUACUGGAAGUUCAACAACCAGCAGACGAAGGUGGAGGCAGGCUACCCCAAAUCCGUCCUGACUGCCUGGAUGGGCUGUGAAGGGGAGGAGCCUAAAAAGAGGACCGGGACGGACGAGGAAGUGAUCAUCAUUGAGAUGGAUGAGACAUCAGGGGGCUUUGCAGGAGGGGCAGCAGCCAUAGUAAUCCCCCUCUUCUUGUUGGCUUGUGUGCUCAUCACUCUGGGAGCGCUGCUGUUCUUCCGUCGCUACGGCACCCCACGACGCCUUCUGUACUGCCAGCGCUCCCUACUGGACAAAGUUUAGAGACGGAAGGAUGAGAAGAGGAAAAAUAAAAACUGCAAUAAAUUGUAUUUUGGCAAAGGAAAGCAUCUUAAAUUUAGUCAAUAUAUGUGAUAUAUCUCAUUAAGAGGUUGUUGUCAGACUAAUAAAAGAUUAUUUGAUUCAUUUUUAGAUGUUUUAAGUCAUUUUACUUGAAAAGUUGAAGAAAUUCUUAUUCCAGGACGUAAUGCUGUCUGUGGAAUAAGAUAUUACUUAUAAUAAGAGAAAUCUGCAGACGCAGGUUGAAUAAUCUUAUAAUAUUCUUAUAACAAUCUCAUAAUGAGAAACAUUACAUAUAUUGACUACAUUUCAGAAGCUUUCACCUGCCUAUGUAUCAUUUUUUGCAGUGAAGGACUGUAAGAGGACUGAAGGUGGGUGGAGAGUAAAGGCGAUAGAUGGAGACGAUGAGGACUUGAGUUUGAGAUUGUUUACAGAACCACAGAGAUGAAAAAAGGAAAGAGGGAAGGAUUUAAUAAAGCAGUUGAAAAAGGGAAUGAUGCAUAUUGUCUUAGUAGUUACUUGUACAGCUCUGCCAAUAUGAAUACAGCCAAGAAGGAGAGAGAGACCCAGAGGAGAAGAGGGAGCAUCCCAUUGCCUUACUUUUAUUCCCUCUUUUACAUUGAAUGAAAAUAAAGCACUUUUUUAUUUGAUCAUCUCUCCCUCUUCCUCUCUCAUGGUCUCUCUCUCCCAGAUCAAACGACUCCAGCCAAAGCGCUGUAUGAUUGACGUUUUCUUUGUUUCGCUUCUCCUAAAUAUUCAUCUCGUCUUUGGUUUUACCUCUUAAAUUCAGAUAUGCUCCACAGUUUCCCCCUUAAUAAAUAUACCCUUCUUGCACCAGUGCCUUUCACCCCUAGGCUGACAUGAGUGCUUACAUUUGGGGACUACAAUUUGUCAUCGGAGGCCAAAAUUUGUCAUAUUGUCCAGCACCCCUGUUUUCUAUAGAUGUCCAUGCAUGUGGAGUAUAAAUGUUGACCCCCAUAAAUAUAUAGAGUUUAUUUAGUGUCAAAAGUUAUUGUAUGUGAAUUGUAUGCAUUGCUGAAAUUUUCAUUUUAUAAACUGCAAAUUCACAAAACAAUUUUGUAAAUAUGUCAAGUGGGUUGCACUGUCACCUCACAGCAAGAAGGGCCUGGGUUUGAUUCCCUGGCCAGGUUACCAAGGUCCUCUCUUGUCUAGUUUGCAUGUUCUCCCCAUGUCUGAGUGGGUUUCCUCCCACAGUCCAAAGACAAGCAGUCAGGCGAAUUGGAGAUGCCAAAUUGCCCCUGGAUAUGAACGUGUGUUUGUGUGUGAAUGUAUGUGUCUGUCUGUUUGCCCUGUGAUGAACUGGCGACCUGUCCAGGGUGUUUCCUGCCUUAGAUAAUGUGUGUGUGUAACUUCACUGUAACAAAAACUGCAUAUAUACGCUUAUCAUGUGACAUUUACAAAUCCUUAUCAGCAUGUUCAGUUUGUAUUUUCUGACUCAAUUCAAGGAUUUAUAGAUUACCACUUUAAGUGCAUUGUUUUGGGUUUGUAACUGCAACUUGUAGAACUUUGGUCCAGCCCACUGAAGCCAUAUGCUAACAACUUGAGAUGUUUCUGUUCUCAAGUAUCCUAUCUCAAAAUCCUCAAGUAAUCGUGUGCUGGUGAUUCAUAAAAGUAUGUUCUUUGAAAAAGUUGUCAAAAAGCGUUCUUCAUGUUGAUGCCAUAGAAGAACCACUUUUUGUUCUCUGACCAUAUAGUUGAGUUCAUAUAUAAUUCUUUUUGACAGAAAUUAAACUCCAUAUUAAAUUGUGUCUUAGUAAAAAACACAUAUCUCAAAAGUAGGAGCUGCUGUAUGCGAUAGAUCAAAGGCGAAAGGUCAGUGGUCAGGGAGUGAAGCUCAGCUCUGGAGGGGAGGCUCAUUUACAUUUACUCCAACAGAGCCUAGCUGGCUUGCAGGUACAACUCCAGAUAUUAAUGUUAUAAAGUGUUUGUUACCAUGUAUUAUUGUUAUUAAUGUUAUUAAUGAUUAAUAUUGUUGUUAUUAUAACUAUGGUUAUUGUUAUUAUUGUUUUCCACAUGUAGUCUUGUGCAUUUUUAAGUGUUCUCAUUUCAAGUCCUGCUGGACAGAGGCAGAAUAUGACUGGUAUUAAAAUGACUUCCAGUUUUUUUAUUGUUGUUGUUUUAUUUUUGGGUUUUUUUGGGUUGUUUAUGUUUAAAAGGAAAAUUUCAGGUGAUUCCAGAUGGUCUCACAAAGAAUUGGUGUGAAUUACUCAAAAACACAUAAAAAAUGUAGGAAUUAUUAUGAAGAGGAUCAUAAAAAUAGAUCAAUCUCAUUGAGCUUGUUGUAUUCGGAUGAUUCUUUGUGGGAAUCCUUGAUCUUUUGGGUGGAGUGAACAGUUUUUGAAUGGAAUAAACCUGAUUCUGGAAAAAUAAAAUGGUGCUAUGGAUUUUCUUGAAUGCACACACAUCCACAUGGAAAUGUAAUCAAUAAUAGUUUUUAACAAUGAUAAUAAUAAUGAUAUUUAUAAUGAAAAUGAUAUAUUGUAAAUGUAAGGGAAUGUGAUUUAUUGCUUGUUUUGUAUUUUGGGAAUGAACAAUGAAAUAAAAGUAUUUUGUGGAAUGUUA